GUACAGUUUUUAUAUAGACUUACAUAUUAUAUUUUAGAAGAAAAUAUCAAAAGAAGUUCAAAAAAAGUUCAGAAUCGCUAUAUAAAAGUUCAGAAUCCUAUUUGCCGGGAUUUUUUAGUUACCCAAAUUUUAUUUCAAAAACGAUAUUAUGCUUUUAUUUAUUAUUUACACUUUCCAAAUUUUAACUUUAUUGUUAUUCUACUAUUUAGACAUGCCUUUACGGAAAUGGUAUCAAAUUUUAUGCCAAAGGAAUCCGCAUUUCGAAAGUUACCAGCGACCAUAUAAUAAUAGUUGGCUUGUAUUUGACAAAUCCGUACCUUUGGAAGCUUUGGAUAUACACAACGAACUUGUUACUUCUAGUUCUUCAACAACUACUCCAUACCUUGCUUUAACAGUACAUAAUUAUCCAAAAGAUAACUCUACAAGUACUUGGGUUCCUUUAUUAGUUGGUUAUACAGUAAUAAUUCUUUGGAAAAAAAAACUCUUACGACUUGCAAUUACUAAAGACAGCAACAAUAAUUUAAUUUAUAUGUAUGAAGAUUAUGAAGAUGAUAUUUCUCUUACUGAUUGUGUACACAGAUCCUCCCAUCGUAAUUUUUUUCAUGGAUUGAUUCAUUAUCUCAAUAUAGAUGGUCGCGUUUCAAUUCCUGCUUUAAUAGGACUCAAUAUUUUGGAAAUUGUGAUUCAACUCAGGAAUGUAAUUAAUAUGACGUUUCCAAAUUUAUUCACUCAAGUUAAACAGGCUCAUAAUGCGAUUGUAACUACAAAUAGAAUAAAAAAUAAAAUGAAACGAAAAGCAAGUAGUUUAUGUGAAAAUUUAGAAAAUAAUAUAUCUACUUCAACAACUUCUAAUACAGUAAAAAUCAAUUCGGGUAUUUUAAUCAGUUCUAAUGGUCUUCCCAUGACUCCUAAAUCGACCCAAGCACUUGUAUGUGAAUAUGCUUCAGAACUUAACGAAAAAAGAAAUCUGAAAAAAAAAUUAAAGCGUACAGAAAAUAAAUUAGUUGAACAUGAACAGGCAAUGAAUCCUUUUAUUGUUAACCUACAAGAAAAUAAAGAAAAUAUCGAGAGUAAGGUUUCAAAUUUAAUACAAGAAUCAAAUAUAGGUACCACUAUGCUCAUUAAUACAGACCAAUUCCUCCGACUAGUAUUGUCUCAACCAUGUUCGCAAUGCUUUACAAUGCUUGAUUCUAAACGUCAAUAUAGUGUUUGUUCUAUAGGAUUCACUUUCAAAGUUUCAAUUACAUGUGAUUGUGGGAAAUAUACAGAAUAUUCCAAUGAAACUUCUUCAAACUUUUCUUUAGCAGUGGCAAGUAGUGGAUUAGUAGGAGGAAUCAAUCGUCAAUCACUUGAAAUGAUAUUAGCAACACUUGGAAUAACCCAGCAACUUACCAAAAAAUCUCACCAUGAAAAUCAAAAAAAAAUCUUCCAUCCGAUUUGUAAAAAGGCAGAAGAAAGUGCAAACAAAGCUCUUCGAUUGACAUGUGAAUAUAUAAAGCAAAUAAAUGAAAAAAUUCUGCCAGUAAGUUUUGAUGUGUCAUGGUCACAUGUAAGAAAUGCAAAUCAGGCCAGCGGAGAAUUUAUCUUUUCAAAAAAAUUAGAUGGAUAUCCUCACAGACCCAUUCUUGGAUUUUAUUUUGUUGAAAAAUCGCGUAAAUGCAAGAAAAAUGGUGAGAGUGUUAUUGUACAUAAGGGCAAUCAUGACAAAAGCUCCAGACAAAUGGAACACGCAAUAUUAAUUGCUAUUCUUCAAAAAGUUACACCAAUUUUGGAAGAAUUUGAUCUGCUACUUGAUAUCGGAAUAGAUGGAGAUUUGGAAAGUAAUAAAACACUCGGCACAGUAGCAAUAGUUAACCAAAUAUUUGCUGACUUAAAACAUGUUGCAAAAUUAAUACGUAGCAAAAUUGGUCAGUAUGUUUAAAAAUAUAAAUUCAAUAAAUGGAAUUUAAUUAUUAACUAAAUUCACCUUAUUUUUAUUAUAGUAAAGAAUGUACAGUGGCGUUCUUUUGAGCAAGUGAUAAUGCAGUAUUUUAAUGGAUGCAUUUAUGCUGCUGGUGCAAGAAAAGCUGAUAAAGAAAUAGAUACUCCUAGCGAAGAUGAAUUGAAGUAUGUUCAAGUAGAGGGAUUAGUUAGACAUCUUUGUGGCAAUCAUUCUUUAUGCUGGCCAGAGGUUUGCUGGAUCAAAGAAAAUCCUGAUAUUGAAUUGAAAGAACCUAAUCUAAUUACAUAUACUGAAAAUCAACGAUAUGCAUUCCGCCAAUUUUUACUUACAAUCUUUCAAUUA